CGGUCCCCAGAGAAGGCGGGGUUCCCGCUGCCCGACCCGGAAAUGCUUCUCUUUUCCGUGGCGGAGAAAGGAGACCACAGAGCUCUGGGUUGUGGAAGAGGUGGCCGUGCACUGUCAUCAGUAUGCAGCGAUUGCUCUUUCCGCCCUUUAGGGCCUUGAAGGGGAGGCAGUGUCUGCAGCUCCUGGCUCCUAGGGCAGCGCCUAGAGCACAGUGUGAUUGCAUCAGGCGCCCUUUGAGGCCAGGGCAAUACAGCACCAUCUCUGAAGUAGCUUUGCAAUCUGGAAGGGGUACAGUGUCUCUUCCCUCAAAGGCUGCCGAGCGGGUGGUGGGCCGAUGGCUCCUGGUCUGCAGUGGAACAGUGGCUGGAGCAGUUAUUCUUGGUGGAGUAACUAGGUUGACAGAGUCUGGCCUCUCGAUGGUAGAUUGGCAUUUAAUAAAGGAGAUGAAGCCACCUACAAGCCAAGAGGAAUGGGAAGCAGAAUUCCAAAGAUACCAGCAAUUUCCAGAAUUUAAAAUCUUGAAUCAUGACAUGACACUGACAGAAUUCAAGUUCAUCUGGUACAUGGAGUACUCACACCGAAUGUGGGGUCGCCUUGUAGGCCUUGCGUACAUCCUGCCUGCUGCCUACUUUUGGAGAAAGGGCUGGCUCAGCCGUGGCAUGAAAGGACGUGUUCUUGCCCUCUGUGGCCUCGUCUGCUUCCAGGGUCUCUUGGGAUGGUAUAUGGUGAAAAGCGGACUAGAAGAAAAAUCAGACUCCCAUGACAUCCCUCGGGUCAGUCAGUACCGCCUCGCUGCCCACCUGGGAUCAGCCCUGGUUCUUUAUUGUGCCAGCUUAUGGACCUCGCUCUCACUGCUGCUCCCUCCACACAAGUUGCCUGAAACCCGUCCACUCCUACAGUUGAGACGAUUUGCUCAUGGAACAGCAGGUCUGGUGUUCCUUACGGCUCUCUCAGGGGCUUUUGUGGCAGGGCUAGAUGCUGGGCUUGUUUACAACUCCUUUCCCAAAAUGGGAGAAUCCUGGAUCCCAGAGGACCUCUUUACCUUCUCCCCCAUCCUGAGGAAUGUUUUUGAGAAUCCCACCAUGGUGCAGUUUGAUCACCGGAUUCUGGGAAUCACUUCAGUCACUGCCAUUACAGUGCUCUACUUCCUCUCUCGGAGAAUUCCCCUUCCUAGAAGGACCAAGAUGGCAGCAGUGACUCUGCUGGCUUUGGCGUAUACACAGACAUACUACAGAACUGAACUCCCACUAAAGAUGCAACUGCACUGUAAUUCAACAAACAUGUCUUAAACACUUCCCUGCAGAAGGAACUGCUGGCAGCUACACUAUAUAUUGUACAUAAUUGGCAAUUUAAUUCAUCUCCCUUUUCCCAUGAUGUCAGGUCUGAAUAUGGGAAACAGCAAGAGAUCACAAUAAGCUACUGUACUUUAUUAGUCCUAAUAACAACGAUCAGAACGUACCCUCACCCAGAGUGGGACUGCUAAUAGAGGUCUUUAAGAGAUGCUACCCCAUUGGCAGGGGUAGUCAGAAAGAAGGAGGAAGCAGGGACUUAUCUAUCUUAGGAGGAUGUGAAUAUUUCUCCCUAAUAUCUGCAGCCUGACAUUCUAUUUCAGAAACUCAGAUCCCAUGUCAAAUGUACCUGUUUUUGUUAAGAGUUUCAUUCAGAACAAGGUCUUCGUAGCGCUGCCGGGCAAAGUUGCCUCCAAAACCCAGAAAAGUUGUGACGUAAACCCUGUACACAUGUUCAGUGUGUUGCACGUCACAGCCCAGGUUGAACUCAGCCAGCAGGAUCUUCACAGCUUCUUCCUAUAAUACAAUACCAAGAGAAAAAAGGGAAUUUCAGUUUUGGUUGCCUUCUAGAAAGCUAUGACAUUGCUAAUACACCAUUGCUAUGACUACUCUUUAAAACAUCUUAAGCAUUCUUUCAUCUUCAAAGCAUUAUUUUAAACAAAGACACAAAAUGACAAGACUGCACCAAAAGGUACAAAUUAGACACUAAAUUAAAAACUAAAUAAGAAAUUAGAAACCAAAAACACUAUCUGUAGUUAUAUAUGGGGUAGAAUUACUACAGAUAUCAUUUUCUCACAUGUAUUUUUCUGUAUUUUCUAAUUCCCCACAAUGGGAAUGUGUUAUUUUAAUAAUUAGGAAAAAAUCCUUUAAUAAAAAUUAAUUUAAGGAAUUCUGUGGAUCAUCAUAAGAUCUAUUCUGUGGACUUUUCUUUUUCUUUUCUUUUCUUUUUUUCUUUUUUUUUUUUUUGAGACAGAGUCUUGCUGUGUUGCCAGGCUGGAGUGCAGUGCCUCGAUCUCAGCUCACUGCAACCUCUGCCUCCUGGGUUCAAGCGAUUCUCCUGCCUCAGCCUCCUGACUAGCUGGGACUACAGGCACGUGCCACCAUGCCCAGCUAAUUUUUGUAUUUUUAGUCGAGAUGGGUUUCACCGUGUUAGCCAGGAUGGUCUUGAUCUCUUGACCUCAUGAUCCGCCCUCCUCAGCUUCCCAAAGUGCUGGGAUUACAGGCGUGAGCCACUGCGCCCGGUUCUUUGGCCUUUUCUAAAAUUAUCCAAGAAGCCCUAAGGUUCCUUGUGACAGGUUUGGGAUUGGGAAAGUUCAAUUUUAUUGUACUUCCAUGAAAAGGUCCUAUAUUUUUUUCUUGAACCUCAAGGGCAGAGGCUGAAUUAAUCAUAUUCCUCAGCUCAUCCCACAUUAUCAUGGCAAAGCCUCUCUUUUGCUUUAUUUAUUUAUUCCCUUUUAUCUUUAUACUUACUGUCAUUCCCACUCUCUGCCAUGGGCAACCAUUCUAAUGUGUUAUGUAUAAUUUUUGUAUAUAUGUAUUGUUAUAAAAUGAGGAUUCUUCUUGUUUUGAAUGUAUUAUUUUUAAUUUGUGAAAAUGCCAUUGUGCCUGCAAUUUCACUCCAAGGUAUAUACCAAGAGAUCCAAAAAUUGGAAUGGGCGUGGUGGCUCACGCCUGUAAUCCCAACAUUUUGGGAAGCCGAGGAGGGUGGAUCACUUGAGGUCAGGAGUUUGAGACCAGCCUGCCCAACAUGGUGAAACCCCGUCUCUACUAAAAAUACAAAAAUUAGCCAGGCAUGGUGGCAGGUGCCUGUAAUCCCAGCUACUCAGGAGGCUGAGGCAGGAGAAUCGCUUGAACCUGGGAGGCAGAGGUUGCAGUGAGCCGAGAUCAUGCCAUGGCACUCCAGCCUGAGUGACAAGAGCGAAACCCCAUCUCAACAAACAAACAACAACAACAACAAAACCUAUGUACAUAGAAAAAUGUGUACAUGUUCACAGCAGCACUGUGCAUAAUAGCCCAAAAGGGAAAACCACUGAAAUGUUCAUCAGCUGAUAAAUGGAUAAACAAAAUACAGCAUGGUUGGUCAUACGAUGGAAUGUUAUUCAGCCACAAAAGGGAAUGAAAUACUCAUACCACGAGAUGGAUGAACCUUGAAAACAUUUUGCUAAAUAAAAGAAGCCAGAUGUAAAACACCA